CUGGCUUCUUUCACUGCCGGCCCCGAGUAUUAUUUUCAUAAUCCAGAAAACAGUAAAGAUGAAAAAUGUGAUGUUAGAAGUUUCUUUUGAAUUUUAAACAUCACCAAGCUGACUCCUGGUUGUGUGUUGCCUUUGAGAGAUCACUUGACAUUCUCAUUUCUAAAAGCUUGUAGCAUAUGGCCCCAGGUCUGGAAAUGUGUGGACAGCUCAUGCUGAAACCCUGGAAUCAGGAGGAUGGAUACGGCUCUCUGGCAGAGUCCCCCCUCCCAUUCUCAGCCUAAGUUCAUCAGAGUUCACUUCACGUUGACGCUGUAUAUUUUUGUGGGAGUUCUGGCUCCACGGGAGUUUUAAAUCUAUCCCUCGUUGUCCUCCCUUAAUAAAAAGAUUUAAUUAGAUCAUCCACAAAGUGUUUAAAACUCAAGAAUAAAUCAGAAAUGACUGGUGUCCCCAUUACAUUUUUCAGAUAAAGAUUAGGUCAAAAAACGAAAUCUUCGGUAAUUUCCCAAGGACAACAAAACAAAACAAGAAAGCCUUGACAACAGUCCAGAUAAGAUGCAUUUUAUUUUAAGUCAUCUUCCUUACACAUGAUAUCCACACUCUUAUCUUUAAGUAUGGGAGUUUUGAGUACAAUAACUCAUAUCUGUCUUUUAAAAAAUUAAGUUUUUGUCUUCCCGUCUGUUACUAUAAGACAAAAAGAGCCAGAUGAACUUUUAUCGAAUUUGGAGGGUAUGUUUGGGAUGGUCUCACUUAAUUUAUAAACUGUGAAGUGAAUGGAAAAUGAGCUUUGUGGGAGAGGCACUAAGGGAGCUCUUCCAAGCACUAGGUCGACGUCAUUUUGGAAACGAACACUGAACACAGUGCCUAUAGGUUAGGGUGCUGUGAACAGAAGGAGGGAGUAUUGAAUUAGGAAUUGUCAGUGGGAAUGGCAAAUGGGAAGACCCAAGCGCUUUUGGCAUCAGCGAGCACUGAUUUGCAAUUAUGCCACUUUCGCUGGGAACUCUGGGUACCCCAGGGUGGAAGCUGCCGCAGCACGAUCUCUGAUGAUGAUGAUGAGUGAUUCCCAUGUGCCUCCCACGGGAGGGCAGCUGGUCUGGAGUUCGUCUGCCUCUGCCACGCCGCUCCAAGGAGACCGUUGCCUUUUCCCGUCUUUGUCUAUUUUGAUAGUCAUUUGAACUGCCACGAGUGUGGGUCCCACCCCUUUUCUCCUGAGGGUGGCACUCCCUGCUGCCUUUUUGGCUCUUUGGAUUCUCUUCGUUUCCAUCUUUCAUCACUUCCUCUUUUCCUGCUCAUCCUCGUGAGUCAUUUGACAGCUCUGGGGAUCAGGAGAGCUGUAAGCCUGACAGUGUUUGGUUUCAUAGCCACUCCUCCACCUCCCUAAAGGGACAUUCCAGUCUAUUUUAAAAAGAGCUAAAUAUAUUUAUUUUUUGUUUUUCAGUAUUUGGAGAAACUCUAGGGUGGAACAAAAUCUGUGCUGACAUUCCCUAAUCAAAGACAGUUUUUGUUCUUUUCAUAGAAUGACUGUUGCUAGGAAAUUUACAUUUUUAGGCCCAUUGAUUUGAGAAUUCAUUAGCCAGACACAUGCAACUCAUAUUCAAAAAAUUAUUAGGUGUUUGUUUAAAAAAUUGGGAGGGGGAUAAAUUAUACAGAGUCAUCUCUGGUUGUGGCUUGUUGAAAAUCUUCAUCUUGCGUGAGUUCUUAGGAUGAAGAAAAACCUCCAGCAGGCAUACUGGAUGUGCAUUGAGUUCUCCCUAAUAUGGGAUAGGUCAGGAGCCAUAGAGAGCUAACAUGUGGCCCCUGGCUUUACGGAGUUUAUAUGUAAGACCUAUGUAGCGGGACGAUGAUUGACACUAGGGUCACAGGAAAAGCAGUCAGUAUAUAGAGUGGUUAAGAGUCAUGGACUCUGGAAUCAGACCAGAUUCUGAAUUCCGGUUCUAUCAUUUGCUAGCCUCACAGCCUUAGACAAGCGUCUUAGCGUCUCUGAGCACUGCUUUCUUCUGUAAAAUAUGGUCACCAUUACAUAUAUCAUAAGGUUGCUGUAAUAAAGAAAAUAAUGCAUGUGUCUGAAUACUGUAAAUUUGGCCCCAGGAUAAAUGCUCACCAGGUGGUUAGCUGUGCUGUGUUGUUUCCUGUAGUUCUGUGGAGGCUGGGCUCGGGGGACCUUCCAGCCAGACAGGGCUUUGAUGACAGUUGUAUGGCACAGUUUCAUAAACCUGAAAUCACAGCUGUGAAUAGACCAUUUUAAUUUGUUUUAGAUUUCUUUUUAAAAUUAGUGACCUUUUGAAUCUGGAUUGAGAAAGACCUGCCACUUCCUAAGGCCAUAUAAAUCACAAUAAUUGAUCAAUCAGGAGUAAUUCUUAAUUUACAUCUUAGUGUGAACAAGAUGGUAAUUCAUUGCAUAUGUGCUGACUUAAGUGUUCUAAAAAUAAAGUAAAACAAUUGUGUGUUCACUAUCAGCUAUUUUUAAAGGGCCAGAACGGAUUAAGAUUUCCAUUUUUAUACUGACUCAUGAGGAAUAUUGGGAUUGUCUUAAAAUUAUGAAGAGUUUGUGUUUCUUUGACAAAAUCUGCCCUUAAGAUUGCAGGUUACAUUUAAUUUAUUUUUAGGGUAACAUUUUUAUAUCUUGAUGUUAAUAUAAUAGACCAAUGUAGAAAAAUUGAAAAAUACAAUAAAGUAUCAAGAUGAAAAUAGAAACCCUUACAGAUAGUUUUUUGUCAAGAUAAUUCUUACUAUCAGUUUGCUCAAUCAGAAACAGACACAAUGGCCUGUGUGCUGGAAUCUGAUGAGGCAUGGAAAUUAGAUUUGGAACGCAUAAUAUUUUUAUUACUUGUUCUAAACUCUAGCUUCAAUGAAAUGGGAGGAGCUCAAGUAAAAUAGGAUUAAGUAUGAUUUUGUUGCAGCAGUGUUAUUGGAUUUUUAAUGCUUUUAUCAUUCUUUGAACUAUCAAAGAGUCUGUGUGCUUAUAAGAACCUCAGGUGAGGUGGUAGUAACAUAUGUUGGCGACUUGGAAUAGAAGUGCUGGUUAUAAAGGAACUGUAGAAGAGAGAGAAUCAAGCAAGAAAAAAAAUUCAUCAUGUUUUUAUUGCAAGCCUGAAGAAUCUUAAUAACUGUCACUGGUGCAACAUCUUAAUUUUCUUUGGUGAUUAAAAGGUAAGUUUGAAAACUAGAAAGAACUCCAUUCUUCUUUCCUUCUAAAGGACUGAUGAUGAUGGUAACAAAGGUGGUGAGGUUUGUAAUUUCUCCAUUCUGCUGCCCUAAUCAGCAUCUGCUAUCUAGGGGACUAAUUCCGUUUGGUGUAUGAAACAGCAGAGGGAAACUGAUCAGGCAGAGGAAGGACAUGAAACGCUACUUUUGGCGGAAUCAUUUUCAGAAAAUCGUUACCUUACCUUGGUAUUUAUGUUUUAAUCAAGUUCUAAACUACACUUUGUUUUAUUAGCCACAGUCCUUUAAUUUGCUGUGUUUUGACAAAUCAGACUUAGAUUGCUUAGAGUUAAAAAGCUUGUAAAAACUCUGUGUAUAUGUAUGACUUUAUAUAUGAAUCUGUGAGUGAAGGGUACACCUGAAUACAUAAGCACUUCAUUGACUUCACAUUAGUAAUUUUCGAGAUUUCACCUUUAUUUUGUAUGAGUCACUCAAUGGAGACCCAGGACAAAUUGGAUGAAGGUCUAAGCUGUUUUGAAUAUAGUCCCUGUUUAAUAACCUUUGUUUAUACUUUGUAAGAAAUGAAAGGAGAAUCCUUUGGGCAAGUAGUGUUUUUGUAAAGUGGAGGCGAGGAAAUUGUUGUUUUGACAAGGUGACUUAAUUCCUACGAAGUCUAUUCAUAGGUCAGUUUAGGUUAAUUUGCUUGAUGUGUUAAAAUCUUAUAUGUGAACUGCAGAGAGUCUCACCUGCUGAAUUUAUUAGAUUUAAUAGAACAUACGGGGAAUUAUAGUAAUUCAGAGAGAAGAGGACAAGGAAGGAAGUUGCUGUUUCUAUUGAAAUGAUAUUUUCCUUUCUCCUUCAGUUUGUUUGAAAGUUAAGUCCAUGUAAGGUUGUUUUUUCCCAUAAUUAGAACAUCGAAGGCCUUCAGCAUGAGCUGUUUGUGGCCUUUUGUUAAAUUGAUCCCAGUUCUAAAUGAUCUUUUACAACUUAAAGUAGUAGAGAUUUAAGAAGAGAAAAAUUCAAUAUGCUUCCUUUCAUUCUUACUCUAGUCUUGAUUAAGCAUGAUGCAUGUGAGAAAUAUAAGCCAGAAGGGUGUAAAAAUACGUCAUAUCAUCUCUCAGGAGCACUCACCAUUAAUCUGUUUUAAGAUUGUGCAAGAGAGGAAAUUAGUCCUUUUGAUAUACCUUGGGGCAGGAGAGAGAAUCCACCCUCAUCCUCAGAAAAUCAGAGUGAGGGCCUGUGGGUUAAUCCUGUUUACCAUUUUGCACUGAUCAGCAAACCUGAACAAGUGUUUUUCAAACUUGAUCAGUCAUAUACCCCCUGCUCAGUUUUUGCCACAUAUGCAUCAGCUGUUUUGUUAAAUACUUAGCAUUUUUCUUACAGUACUUUUGUUUAACUUAAAUUUACUUUAAAAGAAAACUGCAGGUCAUCAUUGUAAGUGGAAAGCCAUUUUCAUCUGCUAUAAAUAGAAGAUAAAGGUAGAAAUAAAUAGAAUAAAGGCAUAGUGUUGGUAAAUUUCAGCUAGCUACUGUUGCUUACUCAAGACUUUGAUGCUGAGCCUUGCUUUCUCUUUAAGAAAUUAUUCUAAGGGAUUAGAAGUAAGGAUUGUGAUUGGGAGCAGGCCCCAGGAGAACUUUUAGGGUUCUGGUCCCAUUCUGUUCUUCGUCUGGGUAAUGGGAAUGAGUGUGCUCAUGCUGUGAAGAUGCAUCAAGAUGCACAGUUAAGAUUUGUUCACUUCCUGUAGGUAUGUUACACAUAAAGUUUUGUUGUUGAAAAGUGUUACAAACAUUUAGGCCCAAACUGAAUCUGUCCCCUAGAUGGAAUCAGACUGGUUGGAGAUUGAAGAGGGAAUGGCUUGCUCAUCAUGUCAGUCAAGGUCCUUUAAUAGCACAGCCCUGAGCCACCCACAAUAGUAUCAAGUGCUCCUGACUUCAUCUUGCCUACUGCGGCCGUUUGCCAGUCUGAGCUAAAGGCUUUGGGUAGCCAGUUUGGUUUGGUUGGUUGAGGAAUGAAGGAGCUUUUAGAGAUUAGAACCCACUACGGAGAGGACUAACUCCAUCAUUGUUAAAGAAUUUCAGAGGCAAAAAGGUCAACGGUAAAGACUUAUCCAGAGCAACUCAUGACCAGGCUGUGGAAGCCUUCAAGACAGCCAAAGAGCCCAUCGUGGUACAGGUGUUGAGGAGAACGCCGCGGACCAAAAUGUUCACGCCUCCGUCAGAGUCACAGCUGGUGGACACAGGAACCCAAACGGACAUCACCUUCGAGCACAUCAUGGCUCUCACUAAGAUGUCCUCUCCCACCCCACCCGUCUUGGAUCCCUAUCUCUUGCCAGAGGAGCAUCCCGCAGCCCACGAAUACUACGAUCCAAACGACUACAUCGGAGGCAUCCAUCAGGAGAUGGACAGAGAGGAGCUGGAGCUGGAGGAAGUGGAUCUCUACAGAAUGAACAGCCAGGACAAGCUGGGACUCACAGUGUGCUACCGGACAGAUGACGAGGACGACAUUGGGAUUUAUAUAAGUGAGAUCGACCCUAACAGCAUUGCAGCCAAGGAUGGGCGCAUCCGAGAAGGAGAUCGCAUUAUCCAGAUUAAUGGAAUAGAGGUACAGAACCGUGAAGAGGCUGUGGCUCUUUUAACCAGUGAAGAAAACAAGAACUUUUCAUUGCUGAUUGCAAGGCCCGAACUCCAGCUGGAUGAAGGUUGGAUGGACGAUGACAGAAACGACUAUCUGGACGACCUGCACAUGGACAUGCUGGAGGAGCAGCACCACCAGGCCAUGCAGUUCACGGCGAGUGUGCUCCAGCAGAAGAAGCAUGAAGAAGACGGGGGCACCACAGAUACAGCCACCAUCCUGUCCAACCAGCACGAGAAGGACAGCGGUGUGGGACGGACCGAUGAAAGCACGCGCAACGACGAGAGCUCGGAGCAGGAGAACAAUGGCGAUGACGCCACCGCGUCCUCCACCCCGCUGGCCGGGCAGAGGAAGCUCACGUGCAGCCAGGACACCCUGGGCAGCGGCGACCUGCCCUUCAGCAACGAGUCCUUCAUCUCGGCCGACUGCGCCGACGCCGACUACCUGGGCAUCCCUGUGGACGAGUGCGAGCGCUUCCGGGAACUCCUGGAGCUCAAGUGCCAGGUGAAGAGCGCCAGCCCCUACAGCCUCUACUACCCCAGCAGCCCCCUGGACGCCAGCAAGAGCGACCCCGAGAGCGUGGACAAGGAGCUGGAGCUGCUGAACGAGGAGCUGCGCAGCAUCGAGCUGGAGUGCCUGAGCAUCGUGCGCGCGCACAAGAUGCAGCAGCUCAAGGAGCAGUACCGCGAGUCCUGGAUGCUACACAACAGCGGCUUCCGCAAUUACAACACCAGCGUCGACGUCCGCAGACACGAGCUCUCGGACAUCACCGAGCUCCCCGAGAAAUCCGACAAAGACAGCUCGAGUGCCUACAACACCGGCGAGAGCUGCCGGAGCACCCCGCUCACCUUGGAAAUGUCCCCCGAUAACUCCUUGAGGAGAGUGGCAGAGGGCAGCAGCUGUCCGGGCAGCGAGGGGGCUGUGGGGACCUCCGAAGCUUAUGGGCCAUCCCCAAAGAAUCUGCUCUCCAUCACGGAAGAUCCCGAAGUGGGCACCCCUCCCUAUAGCUCCUCUCCUAAAGAGCUUGACCCCGGCCAGGCCCUGGAGGGCAAGGAGAGGAAAGCCAGUGAUGGCAGCGGGAGCCCCACGCCCAGCCAGAAGCUGGGCAGCUCCUACCUGUCGCCCUUCCAGCAUUCGCCCUACAAGCAUGCCCACAUCCCGGCCCACGCCCAGCACUACCAGAGCUACAUGCAGCUGAUCCAGCAGAAGUCGGCCGUGGAGUACGCACAGAGCCAGAUGAGUCUGGUAAGCAUGUGCAAGGACCUGAACUCUGCCAACCAGUCGGAACCGAGAAUGGAGUGGAAAGUGAAGAUCCGCAGCGACGGGACGCGCUACAUCACCAAGCGGCCCGUGCGGGACCGGCUGCUGAGGGAGCGCGCGCUCAAGAUCCGCGAGGAGCGCAGCGGCAUGACCACCGAUGACGAUGCCAUGAGCGAGCUGAAGAUGGGCCGGUACUGGAGCAAGGAGGAGCGGAAGCAGCACGUGGUGAAGGCCAGGGAGCAGAGGCGGAGGCGCGAGUUCAUGAUGCAGAGCAGGCUGGAUUGCCUGAAGGAGCAGCAAGGAGCUGAGGACAGGAAGGAGAUGAACAUCCUUGAGCUGAGCCACAAAAAGAUGAUGAAGAAGAGGAAUAAAAAGAUAUUUGAUAAUUGGAUGACAAUCCAAGAACUCUUGACCCACGGCACAAAAUCACCAGACGGCACUAGAGUAUACAAUUCGUUCUUAUCGGUGACUACUGUAUAAUUUUAAAGAGAACACUACCAGUGGGGUAGAAAUUCCUGCCUCGUUCAAUGCGGCAAGUUUUUGUAUAUAAGAUGAGUACGGUCGUCAUGUUUAUAGCCAAAAUCGGGGAACUCUCCAACUCUGGGUGUCAGAGCUCUAUUUUACAAAACCACCCUAACAGAGCUUUUUUCAAAUAGCAAUUGUACUUUUUUACUUGUUACCUUUUACAUAAAGUGUUUAAAUUUCAAAAAGAUCUUUUAUUAAGCAUACUUUCACAGAAUAAUUUGCUUACUCUAUAUUCAUAUAAAAAAGUUAAACACGCUUUUUUUUUCCUGCCGAAAACACAAAUACAACUGCCAGUGUGUAUUUUUAAUGGAAGCCUAUUUUAUAAUGUUACUUUGCUGAAUGUGUUUCCUAUGAGUGACCAUUAAUAUAUUAUUUAGGUCGAGGUUUGACUCAAAACCACGAAACUCUGUGGUUAACAACUUAAUACACAUAACCAAACCAGCAGCGUGUAGAAUUGGGGUACGCAUUGAAACAUUUUUCUGGUUAAAGUUCCCAAGAGAGUGUAAAAGUUUCAACAGAAAGCAAAAUAUCGUGCAGCUUUAUAGAAGUUUAAAGCAUGUGUGCAAAUAUUUGCAGCCCGUUGGAAGAAUUUGCAUGUACAGGAAAGCUGUGGAUGAAGACGGUUCGUGGAAUUGUAAGUGCUCAUUGUAGUAAACCUUUGCUUUGUAGAUUGGAAGGGACAGACUUUUACAAGCAAGUUCACAAGAUCAUGAUUAGUUACGAACAUUAAGUGAAAUGAAGUUAAAAUAAAUUAUUAUUUUCUAUUUGAUAUGUGUUGAAGCGAUUCCUCAUUUUGCAGUGGUGCCUAUGAAAUAAAAGCCUUUUGCAGUGUU